CAAAGUGGAAACCUGUCACUCCUUCUCCUUCUUGAUUUUCUUGCUUUAUCGUUGAAUAGAGCAUCCAAAUUUGCAGAUUUUAAAAUCUGAAUAUUAAUUCAAAACUCUAUUCAUUCUAUCCUUAAAUUCCUUAGAUAAAUUAAAUCUCAAAUCAAUUUCUAAAAAUCGGCAUUUUUGAAACAAAUUGGAAAUACAGCUUAUGUUUUCAGAAUAGGACAUAAUUUUUUUAAUUUGCAAAACAGACCCGACACGUAUUGUGUCUGUGUCCCUAACGUUCCCGUUUCCGAAACGGGAGGAAACGGAGGGGUUCCGUGCUUCCGUUUCUCUCUCACGUAGCAAUCAUGAGCAGAGGAUCGGAACUUUUCUCCGAUAUUGGCAAGAAAUCCAAAGAUCUGUCAACAAAGGAUUCUAACUCCGAUCAGAAAUCCAGCAGCUCCUCUUACAGCGAUGCCGGUGGGGCAUUAUGGAGCUCCAGAUUCAAAGAGAAUUCUCCGGACACAGAAUCAUUGUCAACGACAGAUUCACAGCCGCCGCAACAGCAAGCUUCAUCAACAGUGGUGGAUGAAUUGGUAAACUCAUUAAACAAACAAAGGCUAUACAGAGAAGUAACUCUAGCUCUUCGCACUGGUCUCAAAGAUGCACGUGCUGAGUUUUCUUUUCUCCGCCUCCGUGGCCUCCAUUCUCUUCUCAACUUUCUCCGAUCGGUCGCUGAGAGUGAUUCACAAAUCAACCUCUUUUGUCAAACUCAAUUGAUACCUGAACUCCAAGUGGUUCCGGUGUUGUUUGAGCAUUCAUUCAAAGAAGCAGAGGAUGAUAAAGUGGAGAAUUUAAAUGUUAUAUUUGGAGUGGAGCCUUUAAAGAUUACUAGUCCUUCAACUAGUGGUGAAAUUGCUCUUGCGCUUCGUGUUCUUGAAGGUUGCUGUCUUUUACACGGAGAAAGCACCAUUUUGGCUCAUCAACAUAAGGCUGUUGAGGUUUUGUUGCAUAUAUUAUCAAGUAGAGGCGCGGUGGAGCAAAGUGCUUGUUUAGAUGCUUUAAUCUCAAUAAUGUUAGAUUCGUCAUCCAAUCAAAUGGACUUUGAGGUUUGUAAUGGAAUAGAGGAAGUAGCUGUGCUCAUUAGGGACAAACAAAUGGAUGAAAAUCUCAGGUUGAAGUGCGGAGAGUUCUUGCUGCUGUUCAUUGGACAUAUCAACAGAAGGGAAAGGCCUCCGAUGUUUACUAUACACGAAGAUAUAAGGCGACUUCUUGGUGAAACAUCAGCUUCCUUGAUAUGGGCAGCUAGUCAAUUUGGUUCAACCCUCGACCCAGAACAGAGAAUGACUGCCUUACAUAUACAAUCUCGCAGGGUACUCGAAUCACUUGACCUGUACUAAUUUAAAAACCUGUGCACGUUUCUCUUAUACUUGCUUGUUUAUGUCUAGCAAUGUGCAAGAUUUUUGCCAA